UGUCUCUUCGUACUUUGCUAUGCCCCCUACUUAUCUUCUUAGCCAUAAUAUAUCCCCAUAAUUAUGUCCCAUUGCAUCGUCUGUCGUUUACGUAUGUAUGUAUGUAGGGGAAAUAGUUAAGGUAGGUUAUACACAUCGACCGUUUCCCUCAAAUGGGGUCAUAUGGGUCCAUCUGCCUAUAUAUCCUUGCCUCCUCUCCCGGGUCUGGCCCGCUGGCUUCAUCUUGACGACUUCUCCUAUGUCCUCUGGAAGCCCAUUGAUAAUCGUAAUGGCUUCUUUUCUUUAGGGUUUUCCUUUAGUCUGUUGUGUAUUAUAUUGUUAUUGCCGGCCCUGCCUCCGUCUCGGCUUAGAUUCGCCUCUCCCGGAAAAGAAACAAAAAGGGAGCUCGAGGUUGCUCUUCUCGUCCGGUGGAUAGGACAAACUCUCGUUUCGAGGUUUUGGAUUCGGGGAUUUCUUCUUUCUGUCGUUGUCUACAAUAUAUUCAUCGGAGAUCUCACGCCACAAGGGACUACUAAUAGUUGCCACCCGUUGCAUAGUCCCGGUUUUGUCUAUUGAUCCUAAUUCCGUCUAUCAAUCACAGACGCAAAGAAGGGCCUUGUCUGAUUUUUAUGCCCCCCUCCCCCUUCCUCGUUCCUACUACGCGUGACUUCACUUCGUCGAGUCCAGAUCUCGGAAGACAGGCACACGUCACGUCCUAAUUGGAACUAUUAAAUAGGUACCUUCACUUGGAAGUCGAUUGAUAGACACCUGGUGGGGACUUG